AUGAACUACAUGGGGCAGCUUGCUGAGACAGUCUUCGUCACAGUGAAGGAGCUGUACCGGGGUCUGAACCCUGCCACCCUGACAGGCUGCAUCGAUGUGGUCGUGGUGAGGCAGCCUGAUAACUCCUUCCAGUGCUCCCCAUUUCACGUGCGCUUUGGGAAGCUGGGUGUGCUGCGCUCCAAGGAGAAGGUGGUUGACAUUGAAAUCAAUGGGGAGCCUGUAGACCUGCACAUGAAGCUGGGUGACAAUGGAGAGGCCUUCUUUGUCCAGGAGUCAGAGGAAAAUGAGGUUGGUGAUGAAAAGGUGCUGCUGGGCAGCAUCCCCUCCUGCCUCUGCACAUCCCCCAUCCCCACGGAGGAGAGCCCAGAGGAUGCCACUCAGCCCUUUCAUGGGCAGGAGGCCUUCAGCACUGAAGCGACCCUGCACAAGAGGAGGCAAUGCAGGAGGAAGCCCAGGCGGAAGGAGGUGUUGGACUCCAAGUUAGAAGGCUGUAAGGAUACCAAAAGUGAGAUGUCCGUGGAGGAGCCGUGCAAGCUGCCAGCCUCCAGUGAUUCAGUGUAUUUCUCCUUCGCUGAUCUCCCUCUACAAGAAACCAGGUUGUUGCAGUCCCCAGAGAUGCACCAUUACUCUGACGGGGAGCUGGCCUCUGUGGACAGCCCCACCCUGAGCCAUCCACCUUCUCCCAAAAGUGAUUCUGAGCUGGAGAUCAGACCGCAGGAGAGUUUUACUCUAGGGGCUGAAUCCCAUGUGCAGUGGACCUGGGGAAAGCUCCCUCAGCCAACACCCACACCCUGGGAUGAAAACGGCCUCCCCAGACUGAAGGACAUCCCCAGUGUGGUGGGGGCAGAGAGCUUGUUGGAGGCCUCCUCAGCCCCACAAGAGAAACGGGAGAGAGGUGGGAGUGUUGUGCUAGAGGUUCAGCCAGAUGUGGACCCCUUUGAGGGAGCUGCUGCUCUGAGGCAGGUGGGCUUGGAGGGCCCUGAGCCCCAGCUGGAAAGACAGAGGAGACGAGGAUCCAUCAAAAGAAGUCCUCACUUGGGUCCCAGUGAUGUUUACCUGGAAGACCUCUCCAAUCUGGGUGAGGAGCAGGUGGCUCUCUCUUUCCCCAGGAUCCCCAUGGACUCCGACUCUGAUUUGAUGCCUGCAAUUGCUCUGUCGCUGUGCGGAGGCCUGGGGGGCAGCAGGCAGAUCUCUUGCGAGAAGUUUAUGGAGCACAUAGUCUCCUACCAGCAGUUUGCUGAGAAUCCCGGACUUAUGGAUGACCCGAACCUGGUGAUACUGAUCAACAAGAAGUAUUACAACUGGGCAGUGGCUGCUCCCAUGGUCCUGUCCCUGCAGGCUUUCCAGAGGAACAUGCCUGAG